AUGGAAGACCCCGAGAGAAUAGCGCGGGAACAAAUAGCUUGUGACAUUUCUAAUAACUACACACAACCGCCCCCUGGUUUGUACUGCGAAGGCACCUUCGACACCUGGCUAUGCUGGCCCCACACAGCAGCUAACAGCACCGCAUUCGCGCACUGCCCAGAAUUUGUACCGGGGUUCAGUGCGGAUUUAUGGGCGCACAAACAAUGUACAGAAAAUGGAACUUGGUGGGAACAUCCGGACUCCGGGAAGCCGUGGUCCAACUACACCACUUGUGUCAAACCAGAUGAGGACGUGUCAGAAGUGCUGAUACUGUUCGAGACGGGCUACAGCAUAUCUCUCAUUGCCUUGCUUAUUUCGUUGGCCAUCCUUUUGUACUUCAAGAGCCUCCGCUGCGCCAGAAUAACGGUCCAUAUAAACCUUUUUACAUCCUUCGCUUUAAACAACGCCCUCUGGCUCGCAUGGUACGGCCUGGUCGUGAACAAUCCAGAUACCCUCAAAGAAAACCCAGUCUGGUGCCGUCUACUAAACGCUGUACUCCAAUACGCUCUACUCACCAACUACACGUGGAUGUUGUGCGAAGGGCUCUACCUCCAUACGGUGCUGGUCAGCGCUUUCGUGUCGGAGCGGCGCUUGGUUCGCGUUCUCUUGGCCGCCGGGUGGUUGUUACCGAUUCCUUCGGCGGUUAUCCACGCCGCGAGAAGAAUAGCGACCGACGAUCCCUUCUGCUGGGCAGACGAAGGGGCUCCGAGGCCGGAGUUGGCAGUGCUGGUUCUGGCGACCGUUAUACUGAACCUCGCGUUCCUUUGUAAUAUAGUUAGAGUGCUGUGCACUAAGUUGAGGGCGGGCGGUGGCGCUGGAGUAGCGCGGCCUUCUGCCACCGCAUUGCAUGCGCUGAGAGCUACUUGUUUACUGGCUCCUCUUCUAGGCGUGCAAUAUCUCCUAACCCCGUUCCGGCCAGACAGAGACAAGAGUUGGUGGAGGGUGUACGAAUAUGUGGCGGCGAUCAUCACCUCGCUGCAGGGGCUCUGCGUCGCCGUGCUCUACUGCUUCUGCAAUGGGGAGGUUUUAGCCCAACUGAGACGCCGAUGGCGAAUUCUCACAUUCAGACCGAGAGCGAACUCCACUACGAAUACUACGGUUUCUUUCGUUAGAUCGGGGCCCCCCGGAGGCGAAGACCGAGUUUGA